CACGCCAUCACCCAGCCAGAUACUGUGAAGCUGAAGCAGUGGGUGUAGUGUGGGAGUCGGUGUGGUGCGGUGCGGAAAACUGUUCUUGGGGACACAGAGGGCAUUCACUAACGUUGCUUCUCAGUUGGGACAGUAGCCCGGCUCCGGACGGGCGCGCUCUAAACUCGUGACGAAGCUUUCUUCAAGUGAACCAGCCCGGUCAAGACCGCACACAUCUUGCAGCGCCGACUGAUAUAGACUACAUACAGGCAGCUCAGACAGCUUGGCGGCUCCUGUCAAUGUGACCAUCAAGGCUCUGAAGGCCAACUCUGCUGUGGUGACAUGGGACAUCCCCGAGGGGGACCUCGUCAUCGGCUUCGCCAUCACACAGCAGAAGAAGGACGUGCGCAUGCUGCGCUUCAUCCAGGAAGUGAACACCACCACCCGCUCCUGUGCAUUAUGGGACUUGGAGGAGGAGACCGACUACAUUGUGCACGUGCAGUCCAUCAGCGUGAGUGGGCCCAUGAGUCCGCACAGCGAACCCCUGCGCUUCCGCACAACCAAGGAGGCCGAGACACAAGCCUCCAAGAGUAAAGACGAGGUGACCAUGGAGGAAGUGGGAGCUCAGCUGAGGGCGGGGGAGUUCAUCAUCAUUGUGGUGGUGCUGAUCAUGUGGGCAGGUGAGGGGUGGAAUGUUCCAAAAGGUGUGAUCGCUCUCUUCUGCCGUCAGUAUGACAUCAUCAAAGACAACGAGCCCAACACCAGCAAGGACAAAGCCAAGACCUCAUCAGAGUGCAGUACUCCGGAGCACCCGACGGGGGGGCUGUUGCGCAGUAAGUUCCCCAAAAACAACAACAACAACAACCGGGCGCCAUCUGUGAACAUCAUCGAGGUGUGACGGCCAGGACACUCUCUAAUCCAAAGGAUUCAGUGCAUUCUAAACAGAGCAACCAAAGGGCCCUUUAUGCCCAUCUGUUUGUUAGGAUGAGGCUAGGACUGUGGGUCGUGCCCAGUCCUUUGGCACGGGGCCUGGGUGUGAACUGGGCCCUCAGGACUCCAGGGUCCAGGUCACAGAGGAGAGGCUUUAGAUGUGGUGGCUGGACUGUGGCUGUCACUGCUCUAAUUACUGCCAAAUGGAUUCAGCUGUGAGCUGAGAGACAGUAGAGAUAUGAACAUGGCCAGGGGACUGCAUAUAACCAGGGCCAGAGACCCUCUCUCUCAGCUUGUUAUUAAUGAACUGAAACACACUGUCCCGGCCCCUGUUCAUCGUACUGCAACCAAGGCUGGAGCACCGUGUGAAAAUGAACUUUAUUUAUUUGCCUCCUAUUAUGCUCAUUUGCUGUGAGGCACAUACUGUACUCUCCUUACUAUUGUUUACCUCCUUUGACAUAUUAUACCUCUUAUUCAAACUAUAUCACUGUAUCAAAAUCUGUUUCAUUUUUUAUCAAUCUAUUCACAACAACUUCUUAUUGCUGAGGUACCAGUUUUAUAGAUCUCCCUCUGGCUAAACUCCCUGAAACCUCCUCUGAGAUAUGUUUUCAUUCGAUCAGAGAGCUAGUUCCCCUCUCAGGGAAUCCAGACAAUACAAGGCUAAUUUUGGAGGCCUUUCUGAAGCAAGCUGGUGGCUAUGACGUCAGAGCAGGAUCAAAAAGAGCACUCAAGACAACCGUGUGGCAGAAUUCUCUAUUUAUCUGGAGAAUUAAAGCUUGUUAGCUCUGACAGCAGAAAAUAACGUUGUCAUUGAUAAACAAAUCUGGUCUCUACAUUUAUCAUUGAUUUACCUUAAAUAUAACAUUUUCCUUUAAAGGUCCAAUGCAGCCAUUUUUAUCUCAAUAUCAAAUCAUUUCUGGGCAA